AUGGGAACAGGCUUGGGCUCUUCAGAAAUUGCUGGAUUUUGAAAUCCUAGUGUAGAUUUAGCAGGAUUUGUUUUCUUUUGCAGACCUGACCUUGAAGAGCGGAAACUUCUUGUACUUUGGUUGACUGAUACAACUGAUUGGCCAGAUGGCUCUUCAGAUUCAGGCUCCUUAUACUUUUUCUUUACAGGUAUAAUAUUUCGCAUCCAGGGAUCGAUUUUACAAGUAGUUGGUUCUGCCAUUUCUUCUCAAUUUUCUAAUUCUCCAGUAUCAUACUUUAACCUUAAUUAGCUUAAUUUAGCUUGGCUUCUUAUUUGACCCUAAAUAACAGCUUCACAAAGAAGCAUUUUGUCGUAACUCUCUCAUACAUGCCAGGCCUUGCAGACCGCCAUCUCUCAUAAUAUCUGCGAAAGCACCUACUAGGCUUUCCUUCUGUUUAAGCGCCCCUAUUCGAAACCCAAAUCAUAUAAUAAUAAAAGUGGGCAGAUGAAAGAGAAUUCACGGAGCGAAUAGUAAAAGGCAUUUUAUCAUCCUUCAACAUCAUACCGAAUAUAA